AUGGAAGUGGGAGGGGGUGGCAGGGUCAUGGUAGGGGUGGGUGGGGCUCAAAUUGGGGCUUUGGUGGAGCUCGAGGGUCUCGACCACCCCGUGGGGGAUAUAUGCCAUGGGGACGAGGGUCUGGAAGAGGUUUCAAUCAUCAUCGCAGCUGGAACCAACAUGACCGAUUUUAUGGCAUCACUGAACAAGAGGUUGAGCCUGCCCUUGAUACAAGCAUUGGUCUGUAACAUUGAGCUUACGAGUGAUGCCAUGAUGGAAGCCCACAUUGAAGGGACUCGACAUAUCAAGGCACUGAAUAUCUUGAAAAAGAGAACAGAAGGUAAGGUUGGUCUGGUGAACAAUGGAAUUGUUGCAACUGGGCCUCCAAAAGUCAAGCGCUUGCCUGGUUCCCCUGGUGCUCUUCAAAAGAAACUUAGGGAAACCUGUGAACCUGUGAUAGGGGCCAUGUACAUAGAGGAAGAUGUAAGCCGUUGCCCAGACCUAGAGCCAAAGUACAAAUGCACCUUGUGUGAUUUCCAAGGCUUCUACGAUGGAAUGUUCCGUCACAUCCUCAGCCUCCCUCAUCGAACAAAAUUCAUUGAAGAGGUGAAGGAGAUGAAGGGUGAGAGCACACCAGAGGCCAUAGCAGAGAUGGCCAGAGACAUUGAAAUGGAAGAUGGACGCAGUCUAUCCAAGAUCAAAGUAAUAACUGGGAAGGAGAGUGAACAUAACAAAACUGAAGAAAAUGAAUCAGAGAUAAUGGGAGAGAAGAGGAAAUCAUCACCUGAUCACCAACUUGCACCUGAACCAAAAAGGCAUCAUGGAGAACCAGAGCAGAGCUCAUCUAUAGUCACUCUUGAUGCCAAGGUUGAAAUGAAAGUGAGGGCAGCAUCUUGCUCAAGCCAGGUAGGGAAAGGCAAGGAUCGGAUGACAGCUGAGGAUCUUAUUUCUGCUCUGAAAAGAAUACAGGUGAAUGACAAGAAAGGGAGUCUGCUUGUCACACAGCUCCUCUCGGACUUCAUGAGGCAGCUGGAUAAGUUCUUCUCCAAGACACAACAUAUUUCUUCAGUUCAGUAUCUAAAAUGGAUAGAGAGUGAGAUUCAAAUGCAACUUGAACAGCAGGAGAAAAUGCUUGGUCUGAUGAAGCCCAAGGUGCCAACUGUGGAGGUCAUUGAAGCUUUGAAGCCGAAGAUUGGAGAUACAGGUUCAGUCACCACAGCCACCAGGACAUCAACAGCAUGGCCACCACAGCCAUAUGCAGCAUCCAUGGCUACAGCUGCAGCUGCCAUUGUCCUGUCUCAGAAAGAACAUCGAUCAUCUUCCAACCUGACUCCCAUUCGA